AUUAGCCAUAAUUAGUUCAAAAGAUAUAAAUUGUGACUGCAGAAUCCCAUUCAAACUAUGACGUUGGGUAUUGGGUAUCAUGGUAUCCUAAGUCGAUUGGUAUUAAUUUGUUGUAUAUUUUUAAAAUGUACAUUGUGACGCUGUUUUUCGUCCUGAUUUUGAAAUUGUCAGUCACCAAAACUUCUGGUAAGGUAAUUUACUUGCAGCUUGAUUUGUGUUUGACACGAUAUUUUAAAUCCUAAUUAGUUCACGAAAUGUCCUGCCAGUUGUCAGACAAAAGGGCAACUUUGGGGACCUGUGUAAAUGUAAAACAAUGCAGUGCGUACGUCAUUGGCCUCUUGAAAGUUGGACUGAACCCCACUGUUUGUAAGCUAAAGAAUGACCCAAACGCUGUUUGCUGUCCUACAGUGAAAAGGAUAAGUGAGCAAAAAUGCGAAGAAUUUACAAACGUGCUUCGACAACCGAUACCUAGAAAAUCAAAGAGUCGGAGAAAGCUGAUUCUACAGUCCAACCGUCCAUCAACACCCCCGAUAUUUCAGAACAUUACCACAAUAAAACCUGAUGAGAAUGACAUUAUUUGUCCAAUGUUUCUUCCCACAAGAAUUUCAGGGGGUAGAUCCGCAUUCAAAGAUGAAUAUCCCCAUCAAGUUGCACUGGGUUAUGGUUCAUUAAACAAUACUGCUUGGAGGUGUGGUGGGGUUCUGAUUAGCACCCAAUUCGUUUUGACCGCUGGUCACUGUGUCACCACGAAAUAUGGCCCCCCUGUGAGAGUAAUGGUGGGAGAUCGAGUACUGAGCACUCAGGAAAACCCCAAGAGACAAAUUAUGGAGGUCAAAGAAAUACAUGCUCAUCCAGAAUACAAACCCCUGUUGUUGUAUAAUGACUUGGCCCUUAUAAAAUUGACGUCGGAUGUAACUUUGAGCAGAUCUAUUAUACCAGCAUGCUUACCUCAGCCGCAGUAUCGCUUUGAUAAAAAGGGCACAGUCACAGUUACAGGAUUUGGACAACUCGGAGCAAUUGACGCCCAAAGUGACACCCUUCAAUCGGUAGAUCUGCAAAAGUUUUCAAUCACGGAAUGCUCAGAUACUUUCAUGAAUGACACUGCCAUCCGUUCUAGAUUAACGGAUGGAAUUCUGCCGUCCCAAUUUUGUGCUGGAGAUAAGGAAGGAAACAAGGACACCUGUCACGGUGACUCCGGUGGACCUGCAACUGUGACCAAAGACAACCCAUGCGUAUUUUAUGUUGUUGGAAUAACUUCAUUUGGAUCAAGCUUCUGUGGCUUUCAGCAACCUGGCGUUUACAGUAAUGUCCUCCGAUAUUUGGAGUGGAUAGAAAAUGCCGUGUGGCCAGUGACACCCACGGAUGACGUAGCAAAUGUGUCUCAUUCGACGAGUCCAGACGAAUCUACCCCACCCAUAACCCUCCUUCCAGUUACUCCAACAAUUUCAACAAUUGAGCAAACGUCGAAAAUGACUCCUCAUACACAGAGGCCGAAAAUAUCCAGCAAACCAAUGUUUUUAGUAGACACCGCAAAACCAUCUGAACAUCGUGCAAAAACAAGUGGGUUAACUUUAACUACGACCCCAAAACCAUCUACUCCCCGACCACCACCAGAGCAUGUUACAUCGAAACCAUCAAUAACGGUCCGUCCACAUUUGACAACCCGAACCAGAAGUACAACUGCUGCCACAAGUGAGGUUAUGACUUUGAAAAAGACUGACAGAACAACCCAAAAUCCGGAAUUAGUUGCAGCAGCAACCAUUGUCACCGGGUCAUCGCCAUUGUUAAAUAAAAUUUUGAAGUUUGGAAAGAAUAUAACAACGAAAAACACUACUGAAGAAGUUACGUCUGCUGUGAGCACAAUUUUAUCUUUGACUGAUGGCAUUUGACGACCGACAAACAUUGUUCCUCAACUUGAAUAAUAAUAUGUAUGUACGCAUAUAAUAAAUUUCUUAAUAUAGAUAGGCCUAUUAGUAAAUAGAAAAAUUCAUGUUUUUAUUUAUCGCAUAUGUGUAAUAUGCAGUAAUACAUAUUUAUAUUGCAAAUGAAUAUUUUUAUAUCAAACAUCUACACUAUUUGGAUUUAAAAAAUAUAAAUAUUGCGUUAUUUGCAUGCAAAAUGUAACAAACAAAAUUUUUGCAACAUGUGAAUACCAUUGUUCAUUGUCAACUAUCAUAUAUUUUAAAGCAAGGCAUUUGUAAUAAAUAGAUAUAGUUUCAGAGAAG